AUGAAACGGAAAAGCGCAACUUCGGCAGCUCGGUUGGGUGUCUUCACUACUGAAAAUUUUGUUUUUUCCGGUUUGCUCUUUUUUCUGCAUUUCAUAGAUCUAUUGCGUUUUCAGUUAUUGGAAAAUUGAUUGAAGUCCACAGUAAAUUUGGCGAUGUCGUUUCUAAGUACGUGGCCAACUGCAAUUUUGAUUUGAUUGGGAUCCGCGCCUACGAGAACGAGGGUUUGUUCAAAAACUGUUAUAUUUUUGACGACGCUUUAUGAAUAAAUCAAGAUCUAAUAGUUGACAAUGUUUAACUGGUCUGCUAUGUUUUUAAAACAGCUAGAAGCUAGACGGAAACCUUAUGCUUUUUGAUUUUUUGUUGAGUUUCAAACUUUCGUAUUCCACCAUCGCAAAAUAGAAAACAAGGAUUUCAGCAGCUUUGAGAUUUCAUAGUUUUGUAACCGACGUGGAUCUAUGAACUAUUUUCUUAUCUUUGCCCAAUUUUUUCUAGAAAGCGUCUCAGCAAAUUUCAUUCAAUUUCAUCAACUGUGCCUUUCAGCAACUCGCGUGUGAAAGUUCGAAUUUUCAGAAUUGGUCUUGGUCUAUGGGGCGAGAGAUGUAAUGAUUGUUCAAUACGAAACCUGCUUCAAAAAAGUCACAAAAUGUUCUCAGGAAACAGUUUCCAAUAGUUAUAUUCUGGAUGCCAUUCUCAACAAGAAAACAGGAACGGUAGAAAAUGAACUUUUGAAAGAUAGAUCUAUUUUUUCUUUGAAACCAGGUCUCGAUGAUUGACGCUUCGAAUGUUUUCAAAAAAUUAAAGGUUUCCGAAGACGGAAGAAUAACAGUCUCCGAUGUUUUUAGCUGUCCUUUCAUUAAAGAAUCUUCGUGAGUUUUAUUGAUUGUGAAGGAACAAAACGCUGGUUGAAGGACAACGGCUCUUGUGGUCAACAUUGAAACCGAACCCAAGGUUUUUAUGGCUACGACCAAUGGCGAAGUCAAGGAGUGGCGGCCGUAUAGUUUAUCACAGAAAAUCAUCACCCGAAAAGGCCACCGGGUGAGUUUCUUUCUCAUUGAAAAUGAGGCCUUUUCCAUUUUCAGGGCUUGAUUCUUGGGAUUUGUGCAACGGAAAAAUAUAUUUUUGCUUUGGGGGACGAUCGUACUCUUUUAAUGUGGGAUAUCAAUGUGAAUGUAAAAGAAGAUCUAUCAAAUUUGUGAGUUGUAUGAAUUUGUAAAAAUAUUGUUCAGAAAAAAAUUCUAAAAGGACUUUUUGGCAUUUUCCGGUCCCAAAAUUAGUAACAGUACUAUGAUUCAAUAGCUACAAAACCUGUCAAAGUUAUUCUGUAAAAAAUGGUUUUUUAGAGAAUCGUCGACAAUGUGUUCCAAUCGUUGUGAAGAGUUUUAUGUUCCUGCCCUAGGGUUCGUUCCUAAUUUUGAUUUUUGGAAGCAUUUGAUUGAGUUUCAGUUCUUUGUUAGGCCAUUCCUCGAGGCCUCUCUCAUUAUGCGUCGAUGUGAAGAAAAACUUGGUCUACAGUGCUGGCUAUGAACAGGUUAUCUCACGCCUUCACUCUUCAUAAACCUUUAGUUUUCAGUUUGUGUAUGUUUGGUCCUUUUCCAAAAACAAUGAAGAUGAAGAAAAUGUGGAUAAAAAGCAUGAAAUAAAAUUGGUGAACAAAAUGGCCAUUUCUUACGGGCCGAUUUCUACGCUUCACUGCACUGAUGACCAUAUGGUAAUCGGGCUUUCUCGCUGGAAACUAAUGAUCUUUGCUGCAGUUGAUGGGAACUCUGAGCGGGGGGCUCAUACUUCUGAAAGCCAAGCCAGUAGACGACACACUACCACGUAUCCAAAUGCAGAAUUUUAGAGAUUUUGCGUAUCUUGACAAGAAGUCGCUAGUGGUUAUCGAAAAAAAAGAGUGAGAAUUUUCAUAACUUUUUUUUGAUUCUUUUUUUUUAGCUUCAUCAGUUUCAUCAAAGAUGUGAAAAUCCAUCUUCACUCAGAAAUAAAAAAUAAAAUCACUAACGAUUUUUCUCGUCUGGCAAACAACACGAACUCUGAUUUCGUCAUUGGUUGGCAGAAAGAUUUCUGUACCUUCAUUCACAACGAAUGGAGUAAGAUAAUGACUUUGUUAUUUUUUAUCAAAAAGUUUCAGCUUUUGAAAAAAGGUUUUGUAAGCCGAUCAGCAACGUUCUUACUUUCGAGAAAUUUUUCCUGAUUUCUUUUGUAGACCAAACGGCGGUUGGAUUUGAUUUUUGCCUUUUUUUCAAACUUGAUCUGUUCAGAAAAUCGGAACUUUCAUCUCGGAUGACCUUUCUCUAACAUUUUUCAAUACAAUUAUCACAAAUGACACUUUGAACUCGGCGUUCUUCUGUGAAGAGUGAGAAAGAAGUAUUUUUCUUGGCAAACUCUAUUCAAACAGGAAUAACGGAGAGCUCAAUGUGGUUAUCGGCACAGUACACGGAGACAUUUACGAAGGAAUAGUACCAAAAACGGAGACUGGAAAUGCAGUACGUUUCAAAUUCUCAAUCUUCUUCAAAAAGUGUUUUUUAGUGGCGGGGCCUGGCUAAAAUCCCCAGCAGGAAAACCAAUGAAUACGGCCAGCCUUUGCGUUCCUUCGGGAUUUCUCAAAUUCUCAAAUCUUCCAAGUUCAAUACCGUCAUGGUUUUGUGUGGAAACGAGAUUUCUCAUUAUUUACUUCAGAAAACGGAACGUCAGUUUUGAAUUUUGUUUUUUUUUCAGAUUGACUAUCUGUGAAGAUAACAAAAUUAUAACUUUUCAGAGCGAGUUUUGAAGUUUCUGGGGAAGCAACAGCUCCCGGCAUCUAUCCGCAUAUCCCAGCUAGAACAAAUAGUCACUUGCGGAAGCGAAACGUUUUUUGUUGGUUUUCACGGGGUAAGAAUAAAGCUAACAGGAAAAGGUAUUCCAACGUGAAGGGUUGAAUUUCGCUGAAAUUUCGUUAAUGUCUUGGUUAAAAAGUAUCAUUAUUGGAAAGAUGUAUUUUUGAUAGUUGUUUCAUUUUUUUGAAAAAAAAAAAAUUAAUUUUAAGAGUCAUACUUUUGAGAAUGAAAGUUACAAAUCUCUAACUAAGUUCCGGAAAGGCCAAUUUAUAUGUUUUUUUGUGAGAACUGCAGGAAAGAUUUGCCAGUCUUUUUCCAAUAAAAAUUGCAAACUUGGCCCCUCAAUGGAAUCUUAUACAAAACUAAUGAAAAAAAAAUAAAAGAAUUAUUUAAAGACUUCUUUCACCAUUGCUGACGUUGAUACUUUGCUUCCUUUGGCAAACUGGGAAAGUGGCGGCUCAAACCGAAAAUGGCUGGUUUGGGUCGAUCAGGAGCCGGAGUCGUUGAUCAAAACAGCUCGGUUCAGUUUUGUUCGAGAUGGGGUACGUUUUUUUGAAAAAAAUUUGUGGUCUUCAUAAAAUCAUACUUCCUUCAGGUUUUGUACUUUUACGAGAAAACCCUAAACAACGUCAUUUUGCUGGAGCCGUCUUUCCACAUCGAUCAGAUUCUCGACGUAGCCGUUGUGGAAGACGGAGAGCGUAGUUAUGUUGCCACUGUUUCAAAUGACGGAAACCUGACUGUUUCGAGUAUCAACCGAGAAGCAGCAGGUAGAACUCGAACUUUAUUUUGAGCAAUCCUAACAAAUUUGCAGAUUUCACUCAAGUUAGAAAGGUCUUCACGGGUGACAACGUUUUGGCCGUUGAUUUGACGAUUGACGACUCUCCUUCGGUUUUCGGCGCGGAACCAACUUUUUUGGUGGCGACUGGUUCUGGAAAGUCGGAACUUUCUGUCUGGCGACUACCGAGUACAAAGAUAUUUCAGUUUUGAAUAAAAUAUUUCAUUUUCAGUUGAGGGAUCAAACGGAGUAGCGCCUUUUCAAUGUUCGUCUUUGACGACAAAAGAUGGAGGCAGGAUCACGGACAUCCGUAUAAUCGAAAUCGAGGAUGAAAAUCGUUUCCUGGCGUCCUACUCGUCCGGUUUCAUCGAGUGAGUUGCACUCUAUCGUGUUUUCAAGUUCAAUUGUCUUUAGAUGCUUCUCACUAAACGACGGAAACCUCACAACUGUCUACUCAUUUGACUUCUCUCUUGAAUCUUUUGGGAUGGCCAAAGUUUUUACCAAUUGAAACUUUGGGAAAUUCAAUUUUUUUUUAGUUCUGCUCAGCGCAACUUUACGAUUGCUCUUAUGCUUUUAUGGCAACUACAAUGGGGGCCACCGGAGUCCUAACCUGUGAAGAAGCCAGGAUGAGCGCCGUCUUAGUGAAAAACGUUUGUUGAUUCAAAAAAAUGGAACUGUAAAGUGUUGAAAAAAUCAUGAACGAAUAUCUUUUCAAGUAAGAACUAUUUCAGUAUCCUAGCUAUAAAAAUCGGAUAAAAAAGUGUUUGUAUACACUUUGAAAAUGGUCAUUUUUUUUUAAUUUUUAAAGCCUCAACAUAGUAAAUAAAAGCGAAAAUUUCGGUAUUUCUGUACAAAAAUGAACUAAGCUGCUGGAAAAACUUUUUGUUCUGAAAGACAGCGCCGAAGUUUCAGUUGGAAAUUUUCAAAAAAAGCAGCCAAUUUUCAACCGAUUUUCCCAUUUUUUGAGAAAAUCUAUUGUAACAGUUCUAAUAGAGUAAAGGCAAACCAACUUAGAUAUUGAAAAAGAAACUCGAAGUAGCUUCUGAAUUUAAAAAUUUCACACAAAAGCGAUGUUCACACUAAGAGUGAUUAUCGAGAUGAAAGCGAGAUUGCUUACGGUACAUUGACGACCUCGCCAAAAGGAUUCUUUGUAGAUGCGCCAUAUUUGCAUUUUCCUUGGUUCGACCUCGCAUUUUGAAAACUUUCAAAUUUGAGUAUGUGUGCAAAAGCAAUAGAAAUCGGCCGCGCUUAAAAAAAAUGCGAAACUUGCGCAAGGGUAGAGCGAAAUUUUUAGUCAAUGUCUUACCACGGUUUUGCCUUUUGUUUUCUUUUUUUUGUUUGGCCAAAGCUUUUUCAGGAGUUUUCUUACCGAAGCCCGGGGUCCCCUCGAUGCUCUGCCGUGGAGAGGAUUUCUGAUGAUUUUCUUCUCGUUGCUCAUGGAUACGACAGUGGGGAGACCGUUUUUUACAGCUUCAGUGAAGGCAAGGGACUCGAAUUCAUUGACAUCGUUUGUGAUUCGACCGAGUCUAUCGCAGGUACUUUUCCAUUUGGGAAAGAUUGAAAAACUAAGUUUUCAGCGAUUGCAAUGGACAGAAUCGACGUUGGAAAAACACGUGUCUCCCUUGUUUCUUUUGACUCCAGACUUCGAUCUCAUAUCGUGGAUCAUAUGCCAGAAAAAGACAUCGUGAGCUUUUUUUUUUGUAAAUCAAGAAAUCUUGAGUUCAGGUUAUCGGAAAAGCAGAAGACCUAGAGACUUUGUCCGUCCAUCAACCAGCUGCAGCCGUGGCAGUUGGGAAAGGCAGGAUUUUUGUCGUUGGACACGGAUCCGAACUUGUUCACGAGUGA